AACUGUUUGGUCGUCCUUUGGAUUCGAUGAAUCUUUGUGUCGUAAAAUCCAAAUAUGAUCCCUCUCCGCAGCAGGUUGUGGCAAGCGGCCGACCCCGCCUGCCGUGACUGCAAAUAUUCGCCUGGCAACCUGUCGGUUUGUGACAUCUUUAACCAUGUCUACGACAGUCGAUCGAGAAAAGGAUUGCCCGUUUCUUUUGCGGUUAUUUUGCAAAGUAGGAAGCCAUCACCCAAUUGGCGAAUUUGAUCUCAAACGAGUUCCUUCCAAAGAUGAAUUACAGUUAUAUACGUGGAAGAACGCAACCUUAGAAGAAAUAGCACAACUGAUCAUGGAAGUUUACCCAGAAGCACAGCUCCCCGAUGCACGAUUGUCGUUCCGCCUCGUUUACCUGGACAGCCAGCGAGCAACCUAUACAUACAAAGAUAUUGGACGAGUAGCUUUUGGUGCAAAAAACGCAAACUCCCAGGAUCACCAAAAGACAUUGGAGACGACACGGUUCAUGAUCGGCGAUUAUAUCGAUGUUGCUAUUUUCGACGGCCCACCACCACCACGAUCGCAAUUCCGUAAUAGCGGUGGCCCCUCUCGUGGGUUUGGAGGCGGCGGUCGCGACAGGUCUGAUCGCGGUUUCGGUGGAGGUCCUCGCAUACGAAACGGACACGGCGGUAGAGGAGGCGGUGGCGGCGGUUUUGGUAGAAGAGAGAGAUUCUAAGCAAGUAUCUACACCUGGAGUGACCGACUGCAGUACAGCUGCCACGCCUCGAUGUCGAUGAUUUCCCAUGUCAUCCACAAAAAAAAAUACCUUUGCAAUUAUCACUAAAAGUUGUAACA